UUAAUGUAUACAAGUUAAGCUCCAUUAGAUCUGAUAGUCUGAGACGGGGCUUAUUCCACCGCAGUUUGACUCUCACUGUGUCUUUAUGCUCAAGUUUUAGUCUUAAUGUGUGGUUUGUGUUUCUUUCACACACGUUUUAUUUCACACGCAGUUAGCUUUAUUUGUGCUGCUGUAUCAGACUGUAUGAACUCGCUCGUUUCGCUCUCAAGCUGGUCUCAGAUCUGUGGCACAGAGUUUCCCCGCCCACUAAAGCGCGCCUAAAGUGACGUCAGCGCUGUUUCCAGAUCAGCGAGAGGCUUUAAUGUGAAUUCAGCUUCAGGGGGGACGGAGAUCCCCGAGGCUUCAGGAGAUUCAGGCUCAUAUGCACAUGGCUACAGCACUUUCAGCGGUUCAGAGCUGUGAGCUCCACUGGAAAAGCCAGAACUGCGGCUUCAGCCGGGGCUCCUGAGUUUCUGUGUGUUUCCAGUGGCUCCCCCAGAAGAAGAGGACGCUCAGUCACUUCGGCUCACUCACCUCAGCCUUUCUGGCAGCGAUGGGGGCGAAACACUUCACUGUGUUUGUGCUCAACACUGCAGUCUUCAUGCACGUGUCCUUGCAGGGGGAGCACCAACGGCGUUUGUAUAAGGACCUGAUGAGGAACUAUAACCCACUGGAGAGACCUGUUUACAACGACUCUCAGUCUCUAACUGUUCACUUCAGCUUCAGCCUCAUGCAGAUCAUGGAUGUGGAUGAGAAGAAUCAAGUUUUGACAACCAACAUCUGGUUACAGCUGUACUGGGUGGACUAUUACCUGCAGUGGAACAUGACUGACUAUCCUGGUGUGACCAAUGUGAGGUUUCCUGAUAAUCAAAUCUGGAGGCCAGAUAUUCUGCUCUACAACAGUGCUGAUGAGAGGUUUGAUGCUACUUUCCAUACCAAUGUGCUGGUCAACUCAUCAGGUUACUGCCAGUAUCUACCACCAGGAAUCUUUAAGAGCACCUGCUACAUAGACGUUCGCUGGUUCCCCUUUGAUGUGCAGCGGUGUGAUCUCAAGUUUGGUUCAUGGACGUAUGGUGGAUGGUCUCUGGAUCUGCAAAUGCUGGAAGCAGAUGUCACAGGAUACAUUGCCAAUGGAGAGUGGGACCUAGUGGAGGUUCCUGGCCGGCGGAAUGAGAGGUUUUACGACUGCUGUAAGGAGCCGUAUCCUGAUGUUACCUUCACAGUGGUGAUGAGAAGGAGAACGCUGUACUACGGGCUAAACCUCCUCAUCCCCUGUGUGCUCAUCUCCACCCUCGCACUGCUGGUGUUCCUGCUGCCCGCUGACUCAGGAGAAAAGAUUUCACUGGGAAUCACUGUGCUGCUGUCACUGACUGUCUUUAUGCUCCUGGUGGCUGAAAUCAUGCCAGCAACAUCAGAUUCAGUGCCUCUGAUUGCUCAGUACUUUGCGACCACAAUGGUAAUUGUAGGGCUGUCAGUUAUUGCUACAGUGCUCGUGUUACAGUACCACCACCAUGACCCAGAUGGUGGCAAGAUGCCAAAGUGGACUCGUGUGCUGCUGCUGAAUUGGUGCGCAUGGUUCCUGCGCAUGCGGAGGCCAGGUGAGGAGCGUGUCCGCUCAGCCUGCCACAACAAGCAGCUGCGCAGGGGCAGCGUGUCCAGUGUGGAGCUGUCAGUCAGCCAGGGGGCGCUGCAGCCCAAUAACAGCAACAUGCUGUACAUCGGCUUCAGGGGCAUGGAGGGAGUCCACUACACCACCUCACCUGACUCGGGGGUGCUCUGCAGCCGCCUCAUGGGAGCCAGCGAAGAGGAUGUGCUGUUGCCAGGGGCAACGGUUUCAUCAUAUCAAGGUGGGGUUGGAAUGGGAGGCGGAGUCAAUGGAAGUAUCAUAGGUGGGGCUUCUGAGACAGAAUUAGCAAAGAUUCUGGAGGAACUGAGGUACAUCGCGAGGAGAUUUCGGAACCAGGAUGAAGACGAGAGCGUGUGUAAUGAGUGGAAGUUUGCAGCGGCUGUUAUUGACCGCCUCUGUCUUAUGGCCUUCUCUAUCUUCACCAUCCUCUGCACUUUUGGUAUUCUUAUGUCUGCACCCAACUUUGUGGAAGCCAUCUCGAAAGACUUCUUCAGUUAAAGCAGGAAGAGCCGUGAAGACUCUGAUGUUAUUUCUUACACAAGAGUAAUUUCUGAAACAUUCUUAAGGUCAGACCACACCAACCCAACAUUCUCCAAUCAACACUAAUAAUCCAGAUUGACAGUUGUGUUAGAAGGUUUAGAAUAAGAACCAAAUGAUCUAGAACAGCAGGCAAGGCUAGAAAAUAAUUACAUGACUGUGCUGUGUUUUGGAAGAUUUAUACCUGAGUAUUAUUGAACUUGGUUACAUUUUCAUUUAGACCUUAAACGUUUUGUUACAGCUCUCAAGGGCCAGCAGAUUUUCUCUUUUGCCAAUCAGUUAAAUUCCCACGCAUUUGAUUUUACUGUUAUUAUUAAAACCUCCAGCCAAAUUAAUAUCAGUGUGAAUGAAACUGCCAACAACCAUGCUAAUUUGUCUUUGUGCUAGUAUUAGUACUUCCCAUUAGUCAUCACAUCACACAACAAAGACAUUUACAGUUAGUAGGAGUGGCAAUAUGGUGAAAAUAUAACAUCACAGUUUCUCUUCUCUUCAUUUUCAUGAUACACAAUCUGUAUCCCAGUAAUUUGUUUUUCUGAGGUUUAAAAAAUCAGAACAGACAAAAAAUAGUAGUAGUGCCACAUUUGAAAAUACAAGUACAAAUGAUAUUUAUUCAGCUUUCUACAUGCUGUGCUGCACUAAAUCCAAUUAAAUAGACCUAAUUAUGCUCUCUUUGUAAUGAAACAUACGGUUGGUCAGUCUGGCAGGGCCAGACAUAAUCUUGUAUUGAGAACGCACGUCUGGGGAGAAGUUAUUGGUGCUGGAUUGGUGAAAUCUGCCUCAAACAACUGUAUGCCCCUUCUAAAACCCAGCCCCAGAUUCCUCUAGUCUGUGCUCUUUUUACAUCACAAUCAAUAACACAUGCAAAACAAGUUAGCUUGUGAAAUAACAUCCAUGGGCUAACAACAGGCUUGUUGUAUGCCAAAACAAUGUUGAAAAAGGCACCAGCACUCCGUACUUUGAGCUCUGCCUUCACAAAGUGUUGGGUUGGUU